AGAACUCCCAGCAGAAAACUUAGUGUCACCUUAUCCAAAUAUCCUGACAAACAUGUUCCCCAGAGGAUACCUGAAAUUUACGCUCAUAGCUCUUAGCAUCAUCUUCCACUCGGGGCAGGUAUCCGCGGGUUCCGUGGCAUGCGAUGGCUCGUUCGGUCGGAUUCCCAAUGAUGAAACCCACUUUCAAUGUAACACCAAGAAUGACGCAACACGGCACGCAUGCGAAUACAAGUCCUGUGGUAAUCUCCCUGGAAACAGACAAUGGUCACAGCUUCACUUCGACGGAUGCAACCCAGAAGGAAAUCCUGAUCCUAAAGCCACAUCAGGCGUGGACGCAUGGGGAUAUUCACGCAGAAAUGGAUACAUUCGGGUACAAGACCUUACAGAUGACUAUUGGACUUGUCCCUACAAUGCCGUCAACCAAAAAGAAUAUAUUACCUGCGACACCUGCAAUUGAGGUUAAAAACUUCCACAGCUGGAGUGGAAGCAACUCCCGUGGUUUCUUCCUCUCUUUCCAUCUCCCCAUCGUCUUAGCCCCCAAGCUUAGCAUAUAAGGGUACCUCCGAUACCCGACCUGCUUGGAUAGAAUAGCGUUGAUGUCUCCUUCCGUCCCAACCGACGUCGUAUUCAUUCUGCAAAAGCUUUCCUCCAUGCUCUCGACAAAUGUUAUUCAUGAAAAUGACCUGUUAUGCGAGUUUCACGUGUUGGUUGGGUCAACUCUUCACUGUUUGUCAGAUGAUGAGUCUAGAAUAGAGGCACGUAGGGCUCUGUAGGGGAAUUCC